UAUUCCCUCAAUUGUUCAUUGCUGUUGCUGAUGCUCUCUCUCGCUGUCUCUGUCUCUCUCUCUCUCUAAACUGCUUUUGGCAGCCAGUGACCCAGAAACCAACGGACUUGUAACUGAUGAAUUCCAGAAAUGAAGAUGAAGCAUAUGCUACCAGCUUUAACCUCUGAGUACAUGCCUAUUCUCACUUUUCUUUAAUUUGUUCUCUCUCUCUCUCUCUCUCUCUCUCUCCUUGUUCAUCUUUCAAUUUGAUUUUCCAUUUUUCAAUUCUGUCUGUUUUGAUCACUAAUAGUCGAGAAAAACCCGGUUUGUGAUCAUAGAGGAAAAUACUCUCACACAACCAUUCAAUUUUAGAGUUUUUGGUUUCUGGGUCUCUGCUCCCAUAGAAAAUAAUGGUACUUUCCUUGUGUUUGUUCAUGCCUAAGUAAUGGUUUGGUGGUAUUUAUUCUUGCGUUUUUAGGGUUUUGUUUGGUGGGUAUUGCUUCUUAUAUUCUCAGUUCUCUUUAAUUUGCUCUCUCUUCUUGUUCAGCUUUCAAUAUACCCAUCAAUUCUGUCUGUUUCAAUCGCUAAUAAUCUAGAAAAACCCAGUUUUUAUAUUAUUUUGCAACCUUCAAAAAAUCAUAUAGGAAAAUUCUCUCACAGAACCAUUCAGUUUCAGUAUCUUUGGUUUAUGGGUCUGCUCACAUAUAAAAUAAUGGUGCUUUGCUUGUGUUCAUUCAUGCCUAAGUAAUGCUUUGGUGGUAUUUGUUCUUGGGUUUUUAGGGUUUUGGUUGGUGGGUAUUGCUUCAUAUUUAUUGUAUCAAUGGGGGGUUUUUGAACUCAGGAUCAAACACUCACUGAAAUUUACUCUAGACUGUCCGAGUUUGUUGUAUUGUUGAUUGCAAUGGAAGGAGGUGGGGAAAAGAACAAGGGGGUGGUUGUGGCGGUUGUGAAAACCCCGGAUAAGAGUAAAAGGGAUGAGUGGAGCGAAGGAGGGAUUAUGAGUUUAUUAGAUGUGUAUGAAACAAAGUGGUCACUCCGAAAUCGAGCCAAGUUGAAGGGGAGCGAUUGGGAAGAGAUAGCUGGGCAAGUUUCAGCCCGUAAUUGUGGGACAAAGCCUGGAAAAACACCUAACCAAUGCAAGAACAAAAUUGAGGCGAUGAAGAAAAGGUAUCGCAUGGAGUUAGCUGUAAAUAACCAUUCUGGUUGGCAAUUCUAUGCUAGGAUGGAUGGAUUGGUGAAAGGGACACAUUGUUUGGAACAUAAGGUUGGAGAUGUGGUAGCAAAUGGGGUGACAGAGACAGAGGGUUUGCAAGCUUUGCCAAAUUUAGUGGGUGAUUUGGAAACUGAUACCAAGAGGGUAGACGAUAACGGCCCCACCCAUGUUCAGAUUGUUGAGAAAGCUCAAAAUUACAAGACAGUAGACGAAAGCGGCCAGAAUCACGUUCAGGUUGUUAAGAAAGCUCAAAAUUGCAAUACAAUAGUCGAACGUGGACAGAAUCAUGUUCAGGAUGACAAUCAAGAUGAUGCGUCUGAUACAGUUCCUAAUAACAGUGAAUUUAGUACCCCCAGAAACAAAGCAGCCAGAGUGGCUGACAGGUCAUUAAAGGUAAAUUCUUUUAAGCGAAGGAAGAGAUCGGGCAACGACAUGGCAGAGAGUAUUAGGGUGUUAGCUCAUUCAAUGUUGAAAAUCGAACAGGCACGGAUGGAAAUGUACAGGGACUCGGAACGCCUGAGGGUAGAGGCAGACAUCAAGCGAGCAGAAAUGGACCUUAAGAGGACUGAAAUAGUUGCAAAAACCCAGUUGCAGAUUGCCAAGCUCUUGGUUAAGAGGACAUGCAACCAUAACAACAAAAGCGGAAAUUCAUCCUUGGUUGGUGAACACAAUGUUGCGACAAAUCCAGAGGAAAGAAGUGGAUGAUCAAUAAAACCAAUGCCUCAAGUUGGAGAGUGACGUGUCAGAGAACUGGUCUGAUGUUUGUGUUCCUGCCAUAAAACUCAUACUGGUAUGAUUUUCUUAUGUAUGUAUAAUCAAAUUAAUCUGUACAAAAUUCAAGUGAUUGUGUGUUGUCAAUAACUUAAGAAACUGGGCAGCAUUGGGGAUGAAAUUAUUAUCAUUGAAAAAUAAAUAACAGAAUCACUACCUGAAGCAAA